AUGCCGGCUUACGAAGUACGUACUGGCGGCGACGUUAAGAAUAAGAAGCAGAGCAUGGCGGAUCUGAAGCUGCGCCGCCUGAAUGAGCUCAACUUGCGAUUAAAGGAGGAUCUGGAUCGCCCGCGAGUUAAGGUGUCUGAAGCUGUUCUCUCUCUCAUAAACUACACGAAUUCCACAAAGGACUUUAUGGUGCCGUCACUGUGGGGAGCUGUCGACAAGCGCGAAGAUCCCUAUGCGCCACAGCAAUCCGGCGGCUGCUGUACCGUCAUGUAA